AUGGCCCGACUAUCAGUGCCCCCACUUACACGAACACUUCUGGGCCUGCUGGUUUUUUUCUCGCUCUCAAUGGCAGUUAUCCGGUAUUAUCUACUCAUUGAUUCGAUUCACCAUCACCACCAAGCCGAACAAAUGUUACGUGCAGCUCUCGGCAAAACUUCUCGCGAUACUAUCCCAACAUCUUCUCCUCAAUCACCAGAAAAUAAUAAUCAGCAUCCAGCACUCUCAGAACCUCUUAAAUUUUCCGCAAUCGCUGUCCCAUUCCUCGUCAUGGUCCCUGGCAUGAGUGUCUUGCGUUACCCAUGGGUCUUUGCAACUGCCACUUUUGCUGAAGACCAUAUUCUUUCCUUCUUACUCACAGCCGCCAUUCUUCUCGUCUCUGGGAAAUACUGCGAACACAUGUGGGGGUCUGCAGAACUUGCCCGAUUUGUCGCUAUACAAACUCUUGUCCCCAACAUUGUGGUACUCCUCAUCACUCUUGCCGCCCACUCUUAUGACCCGCUAUGCCAGCUCCCAGGAUGUGCACCGCCCGCUGACAUUGUUGUUCUUCCGGAUCGUUGGGUUACCAUCAAUGGCGGUACCGCAUUUGUCGCCGGGUUUGCAGUAGCCCUUAAACAGUUAGUUCCUGAACAUACCGUGGCUUUAUUCCGCGGCGCUAUUCGCAUCCGAGUUGCCCGUCUCCCAGCUCUUUAUCUCCUCAUCAUGGCUGCCUACGGAUUAUUUCUCGAAACUUGGAGUCGUAGAUCACUUACAGCCCUCGUCGGUUUUUUUUCUGCUUGGAUUUACCUCCGCUUUUUCCGUGUUUCCCAAAUUGACCCACUCUUACCGCUCGCAAAACCCUCUGAAGACUCGGACGCUUCUGUACCUUCUCCACCAUCCUCGGGUCUACGCCGCCAAUCUUCCAAUCUCCAUCGUCCCACCUCUCAGACAGUCUGUGGAGAUGCUGCAGAUUCCUUUGCACUCGCCCACUUUUUCCCAGACCCUCUUGCGUCACUUGUUGCUGCAGUUGGCGCUGUUCUCUACCCGAUUUUCGUUCGUCUCCGUAUCCUCCCAUCAUUUUCACCCCAGGAUGUUGGUGACGCAAAUGUUCGUGCUGCACUACGUGGUGCCGCCGCUGGAACCGCAGGCACAGGUUCCCCCUACGCGUAUCUGCGGCAAGGCGGCGCUGCUGCGUUUGCCGCUGCUGCUGCUGCUGCAAACAGUGCAAUUGGCAGUAGUGUGCGUGCACAAACAGAGCGCCGCCGAGCCAUGGCUCUGCGCGCGCUUGACUCUAAGAUUAACAGCCCGCUGCAUUCAUCGGAAGAAGUUACAGUGGUACGAGUAGCCGCACCGAGUGUGACACCAAGCGAUACACCACGGCCGGAAUCGCCAGCUCCAGACGUGGAUCUUGCGCGUCCAAACCGGGCGGUUCUUCCGCCAAAACGGCCGGAUGCUUAA